GCGCGGUCCAGUCUGCUGCUGGUGGAAGCAAACCUGGCAACCUGGCAGCUCGCACGGAGACCGACUGGCAAUCUGGCAAUGCGGAAAUAGAUCUGCCACCCUCCCCCCCACCCCCCCUCCGAGCGCGGACCGAGGAGAGAGGCGUGACGGAGCGAGCAGAGAGGAGAGGGGAUAGCGUUGAAAAAAGAUAAAAUAAUCAACUACUUUCUUUCCUGCGAGCUUUUUUUUUUUUUUUUUUUUAUAAAUAAAAGUGCUCAGGUGCGCUCAUCUGCACCAGCUUGGAUUUGUUGUCUCCCAGCAUUUGUUUUUUUUCUUUUCAACCUGACAAGUCUGAGAAGAAGGAGGACAGAAGAAGUGCGUUUUUAAUCGUUUGGAUUCCGGACUUCUGUACCGACUUUUUCCUGUUUGUUUUUUUUGCUUUGUUUUUUUUUGCAUCAAGCAUGGAUGUGUUGGCGAAUUACAGUAUUUUCCAGGAACUCCAACUCGUUCAUGACACUGGUUAUUUCUCCGCGAUGCCUUCCCUGGAGGAGAACUGGCAGCAGACAUGUCUAGAGUUGGAGCGAUACCUACAGACGGAGCCCAAGCGACUCUCAGAGCUCUUUGAUGAGGAGCUGGAUGGUCUCUUAACGCCUACCUUCAUGCAGGGGGGAGACAGUGAUGAGGAUCUGAUGGAUCCCCUCCUCCCCAGCCUCCCUGACCAACCCACCCCACCUCCACUACUGGUAUCUCUCCCCAAGGUCCAGGCCAAAAUCCUCCAGGUGCCCAACUCCAGCAAGACCCAAGCAGAGGUAGGGACUGAAAUCCUCACACCAAAGGAACAAGUCCUGGCAGGAGUCAGUGCCGCACAGCUCAGCGCUGCUGUUACGUCCCUAACACCGCCAUCAUCACCAGAGCUCGGCCGCCACCUCAUCAAAUCCACACAAACACUGACCGCGACGGCGGACGGCACGCUAACGCUCAAAUUUGUGGCCAAGAAGUUAGGGUUGGGGGCGGCCAAACUGGUGGCAGCACGAGCAUUACCGUCACCGCCGAGCCGAGGAGGAGCCCUCAGUGAUGGUGAGCAGGGAGGAGGAGGAACUCUGGGAGGAGACGUACCGGAGAACAAAAAGAGAGUCCACCGGUGCCAGUUUAAUGGCUGCAGGAAGGUUUACACCAAGAGCUCCCAUCUGAAGGCACACCAGAGGACUCACACAGGUGAGAAGCCCUAUAAGUGCUCAUGGGAGGGCUGCGACUGGCGUUUCGCCCGCAGCGACGAGUUGACGCGACACUUCCGCAAACACACCGGAGCCAAGCCAUUCAAGUGCAACCACUGCGACAGGUGUUUCUCUCGGUCGGACCACCUGGCCCUGCACAUGAAGAGGCACAUCUGAGGGCAAAAAGAAAAGGAGAGGGAGAAGGUGGAAGAAGCAAGAGGAGAAAUAGGAGGAGGAGGAGGAGGAAAUAGGAGGAGAGAAGGAUGGGCACUCAAGCUACCAACUGCCCGCCUCGUUCACCCCGUCCAUAAACCAGCCGGCAGCCAUAACGCCUGCGGGGCGGUGCAUCCAUCUGAGAGUGCUGCGAAGAUCAAAUGCAACGACGGCCCUCUCCAUAGAGGCGGCGGCUGGAGGGACACGAGGAGUAGCUAGAUUGUUGUUUUUUUCUUUAAAACUACACACUUGCAAUAGUGAACGACCAACAAACCCGUCUUUGAAUGCAUCAUCCCGGUAAACCCCAGCUCUCUCGUGUGGCUCUGGGGGCUUGGACACUGCCAAACCAACAUAUACUUAUCUUACUUGAUCAAAACAUUACGCCGCUUUUUUUCUUUCUCUGUAGUCAGUGUGUUUCAACUAUAAAGAACACUUUAGGUAAAGAGAUAGUUCAGUGGGGAAACUUUAAAUAUCCAUAUAGUCAGUUGUUAGUGCUUUACCGGCUUUUGAAAUCAAAUACUCAACUUUUUUCAUUGUUUUUUCAAUAUUUCUCAUACACAGAACAUCAGAAACCAUCAUCUGCCGCAGUCAGCUUCAGUAAUCUAUGUGAAGAAAACAACAACCAAUCUGCAGGAGAGAGACUGUCAAGAUUGACUUCCAGCAUAGUUGACAAUCAGGGCUCGGACGCUGGGUGUUUUUCGGUGCACCCAUGGGGCCUGGUUGGUCAGCUCUCAGGCUCUCCUCCGGUGGGUGUUUGCAUCUCUCACCUACGCAGAAACGCCUGCCGCCUCCGCAGGACAUCUGACAGAAAUGCGCAGCGACACUUUCUUCCCUUUUUUUCUACUUAGAGGACGAUAAUUAUUCUUAUUGUGGUUAUUGCAAAGAAUGACACUUUGUUCUUUUUUUGUCUCUUGGAGAAAACGUCUUAAAACUCACUGAAUUGUGUUUGAGGAAAAAGAAAAGAAAAAAAAAAUCUUUAAAAUGACUUCAACCGAAUGUGUGGGAUGAGAAGGAGAGCGUUGUUGGUCUUUUAAUCCCCAUGUGCACCGGCUCUGUUUCUUCAGUCUGUAAGCAACCAGUGGAUGAACAAAAAAAAAAAAGAAUCAUACCAACACUCAGAAAAGGGAUUUGUACUUUUUUGGACUAAAAUAAAAGCGGAGAGGUCUUCAGGUUUCUUUGUUUUUUUCAGCGCUGCUCUUUCUGCCCCGCGAUUCACUCCAGCUGAAAAGCGAAACCCUUUGCAUGACCCUUUGUGGUCUCGCACUCUUACCGGAGUCAGGCGGAGGACUCGCUGGAAAAAUGGAAAACCUGUUUUCUCUUCUUCUUUUUAUGCUUUUUUUGUUGAUUCUGAGAGUCGUCAUGGAGCCCUUUCACAGACUCCCGAGAUCUCAUCUCGCCGGGCAGCACUGCGGGGCACGAGCGGAGGCUGAGGAGCAGCUUUUUGCUCACUUGCGUGGGACUCAAGGCACCAGCCGAAACCUUUGUGUGGCGGUGCCGAACAGACACGGUCACGUCAGCCCGGUCGAAUUUGCCUGUUUUCGUAAACAUUGACUGCACUGACUUUUUUUUUUUUCAAUGUUAUCUGUGCUUUUUUUCUUUUCUUUUCUACAGCUGAAAAAAAAUGAAUUCAAAGAAAAAAAAAACUCAUAAAAAGACUUGGAAAAAAAAAAUGACACAAAAAACACUUCUGUCUCGCGCUAACACAUUGUAUAGAGAACAAGAACACAUACUCCGUCAACACACAGACUUACACUGCGGUUUCUUUGCUCACGGCUCAUCUUGAGAUAAGACUAAUAAGAUUUCGGAAAAUAAUUAUUAAACGAAUGAACAGAGUUGGAAAACAAAACACUGCAUGGCAGGCUUUAUUGCGAACACACACACGAGCUCAUGUACACACACAGACACACACACACACACUCUUCCUGGAAUUAUAUGUUCUGCUCCCAGAUCUUUUUUCACAGUAGGAAUUUAGCAACUGUUGUUUAGUAGAAGAGUAUCUUAGCUCUCGGCUGGAGGUAACAAACGAUUCCAAAUCCUUUGAAGUGACAAAUCACCUUGUUCUCGGGUCCAGCAAUCACCCACAUAUCCCUCGCUACAGUUUGUGCCUCAUUUAAGCAGCGCUUUCGCUUCAGAGAUUCCGGUAACGUCGUUGGUUAUGAUUGAGGGUAUAAACCACUGCUUUCGUCGAAUAAUAAAUAGAAGUAAAACAAUUGCAGCAGGUCUUUUUUUGCAAAGCAUGUUGAAAACAUGCCAAUAAUCCUCAUAUACUUUUCUACCCUGCCUCUCGUGUACAGUGAAUUUGAAUGUCUUGACCUGGAAAUCUGGGAAAUCAGUUUUCCAAUAAUUGAAAGUCCAGUGAAAAAAGUGACUAAAUCGACAGAAACAUUUGUGGAAAACAGUUAUUU